AUGGAUCUGCCUAGUCCCCGCGCGGAAGAAAAAACCGUUCUAGAAUCGAUUUACACCCCUGAAGAGAUAACAAUCUCCGAUGAUUACAAAGUUCAAUUUCGGUUGGGAACCCCAGGCACACUUGAAUCAUUCGUUGUUAAUAUCACCUGGCCGAAGGGUUACCCUUUUACUAUGCCGGUGAUAGACUUGGACGUUUUCUGCAACCACCACGUGCCACAGGAAAUGAAGGAUUCCAUCAUUCAGGAUCUCGAGCAGCUUGCACACGCAAACAGCGGAGAACCAUUAACGUUUACGCUCAUCGAACACUUGCGUGACAACAUGGAGACUUACGCUACGCAAUUACGAGAAUCAAAAAAGCGGUCUGGGCAUUCGGUUAGUCGCCAAGCAGGUGCAGGAGAAUCAGCAGCUAAAGAAGAUAAGACUGAUAAGAAGGAAAUGCUAACAAAAGCGCAAAAACGGAGACAACUUAAUCGCUUAGACGGAACUGGCAACCUCCCGAGAGGGUGGAACUGGGUUGACGUCAUCAAACAUCUGAGACAGACGGGUCCCGCUCAGACUGACACUAGUGCCUAA